AUCCCAUUUGUUUCAGCUUUUGCAAAAAAUUGGCAAAGAAAAGUCAUCAAGAGCACAACCCUUGAAAAUGGAUGGCAACUGCUACUAAGCCACUACAUGUUUCCUAUCAGAACCACUAGAUGGCAGCCUAUCACGAGACUAGACAUUUCCUCAGCCUCUACUGUCUGUCUAAUAAUUAAAUAUCGAGUGCAUACAUAUGUUACCAAAGUAGCCAUAUUGAACUGAGGUUACAAAAAUGAGAAGGGAGGUAGUUUAUAAACAUUGUAAUGUAAUGUGACAGAUAUCUGCUGCAAACCCAAGCACGUGUCAAAUGGCCCUCGAGGACUUCAACUGAAAGGUGUUACACCUGUAAGGGGCAAAGGCGCCUGAAAAUAAUGAUGGCGUGCGUACGGGUGGCUGUCCGAGUUCGAUCCCUGAACAAGAGAGAAAAGGACUUGUCUUCUAAGGUCAUUAUUCGUAUGGAGGAAAAUAAGACCUCUAUCCUCAAUGUUAAGGAUAUUCUUAUGAAUAUAUCAGAAGAGAAGACAAAGUCAUUCAUCUAUGAUUUUUCUUAUGACUCCAGCAAUGCAAAGAAUCCCAACUUUGCAACUCAAGAUAAGGUCUUCACAGACCCGGGUCGUGAUGUUCUGGAGGCAGCCUUUGAAGGUUACAAUGCCUGCAUCUUUGCCUACGGCCAGACUGGUUCCGGGAAGUCAUACACAAUGAUGGGCACUGCAGAUGAUGUUUGACUGACCCCUCGCAUCUGUGAAGGCCUUUUCAGCCAGAUUACAGGACUGUCCCAGAUGGACCAUACCUCCUUCCACACGUCAGUCAGCUGCUGUGUCCACCACCCGGCGGGAAUCGACACAUCCAAAGCUCUGAGAGUGUUUUAAAUUCCGGAGACCCGCCAGUGACCGUGACCCCCCACGACCCACCCACCCCCGCCCGGUCCAGUGUGGUUGUGUGAGACGGCAGCCUGCUGAGGAGGACUUUAUUACUCUAUGGAGCCAUUACAUCCUUUUACAUCAAAUGCUUUGACAAGUCCAGUGUCUAUCUGGAGAUCUACAAUGAGUGAGUGCGAGACCUCUUGGGCAGGAAGCCGACGGAGGGAAGCUGCCUGAGAGUGAGGGAGCACCCCAGAGAUGGACCUUAUGUGGAAGGCCCGAUUCGAUGCAGAGCUGCCCAGCGAGACCACGAGCAAGAUCCACCUGGUGGACCUGGUGGGCAGUGAGCGUGCGGAAGCCACAGGUGCCUCGGGCACCCGACUCAAGGAGGGCGCCAACAUCAACAAGUCACUAGUGGCCCUGGGAAACGUCAUCUCAGCCCUCGCCGACGCGUCUGUGGCUGGAGGCGUGAAGACAAAGAAGAGGAGCACUUUUAUCCCCUACCGAGACUCCGUACUGACCUGGCUCCUGAAGGACAGCUUGGGGGGAAACUCCAAGACCAUCAUGAUUGCAACCAUUUCCCCUGCCUACUUGAACUACGGCGAGACCCUCAGCGCGCUCCGCUACGCCAACCGCGUCAAGAACAUCUUGAACCAGCCCACGGUGAACGAGGACGGCAAUGUAAAGAUCAUCCGUGAGCUCAGGGACGAGAUUGCCCACCUGAAGGCUCUUCUGGCGCAGGGAACCCGCGUGUCCCCAGUGGGCCCCAGACUGGGAGCCAGUGUUGAGGAGAAGCUUCACUGUAAUGAGGCGCAGGUCCUGCAGCUGACCCAGGAGUGGACCAAUAAGUGGAAAGAGACACAGAGCAUUUUAAGGGAGGAGACCGUGGCCCUGAGGAAGGAGGGCAGUGGCGUUGUGCUGGACUCUGGGCUGCCGCACUUGAUCGGCAUCGACGACGACCUCCUGAGCACAGGGGUCAUCCUGUACCGUUUACAAGAGGGCAGAACGUCUGUUGGCCGCGCAGAUGCCGCAACAAAACAGGACAUUGUGUUGGACAGUGCCGGUGUCUUAAAGGAACACUGUGUGUUUGAGAACCGAGACGGAGCAGUCAUACUCACCCCUCUUCCUGGGGCCUCCUGCUUUGUCAGCGGAGCAGAGGUCACUGGACCCUGCCAGCUCACACAAGGUGCAGUGGUGGUGUUGGGGACGGGCACCACGUUCCGCUUCAACCACCCCAAAGAGGCAGCCGCUCUGCGCCUGAAGAGGCAGUGGUCUGCUGAUCAAAGAUCUCUCUGGCUUGUCAGAGAUGCUGUCCAAGGCCACGCGGCACAUAUCUGGGCAGAGGAGCAGAUGCCUCUCACCUUUUCUGGAAGAAACCACAGCUUCCCUCCACUGGCAGAUGUGUCAACAGCACUGAGGAGUGGAGAGAAUGUGGAAUCGAAGCACAACCAUGACAAUCUGACCGCUCAGACGUCUGAGUGGACGUCAGAGGUGGUGGAGGGUCAGGUGGUGGAGGAGCAGAGGAGGAAGGAGGAAAAAGAGGAUCACAGCCUUCCCAUCAUGCCACAGGAGGAGCGUCCCCCUGAGCAGCGGCAGGAUGAGACGAGGGCAGGGCAGCUCAGAAGUAGUCAUCACGCAGGCUGGAGUGCGGCAUCAGGUGCUGGUCUGAAUGGAGACUCAGUCGAGGACAUCCGUGCCCAGCUGAGGCUGUCCCCAGCCAUGCCUCAGAUGGCCUGUCCUCAUUCCCUCCUCCCCAGGACGCAAAGGACGAGCUGGAGGUGGGAGGAGGAGGAGGAGGAGAAGGAGAAGGGGGACGGCAGGCCUUCGAGCCUGAGGCCUCUCUCGCUCCCCCCACACCUGUGGGAAGUGUCAGACCCGCCGCAGACCACCCGCCAUGGGAAGAAGCAUCUCAGACAUGCUCAUCCUCCUCCUCGCUGUCCUCCUCAUCCUCGCAAGAACAACAGAAGCAGCAUGAGUCGGCUGCCUCAUCCAUCAGCUGCGAGGGCUUCGGAGGCGUUGGUGCCGGGGGGGGGGGAGUUGCGGCGGCAGCAGCAGGCCGGGCAGGAGCCGAGCGCCCUGAGGCCGGCUGAUGGAUCUGGAUUGGCCACGGCAGGGCUGGAAGGGGCCUCUAACGAGCGCCCGGGCCCCCUGCCUGACGUCUGCCACCUCCCUCUCUCACUGGCCAGCGGCUCUGGAGGGACCUUGUUAGUCGGCGAGCCACUCGGCAGCCCGUCAGAAGACGGUGAGACCGGGCGAAGGGGAGAGGCGCUGGCAAAUGAUCUUCCUCUUCCUCCUCUUCCUCUUUCUCUGUUUGGCGAACCCCUGGCGGUACAGAGGCAGGAGACUGCAGACAAGCUCCAUGUGGAGAUCCAAUUUAACCACUGCGGCGUCUCGGCGCUGUCUGUGGAGAGCUCCCAGGUGCAGGUGGACCAGAAACAGGCCCUGCCGCACGCCGGCGGCUCCUCUGCCUCCGACUCCCAUCCCGACCUCAGCUCCAGCUCCGACGCAGCCCCGCCGGGGGGCGGCAUGAUCAACUGGAUGUCCUUCAUGCUGAAGGACGCCGAGCGACACCUGCGCAACCCCCCGGCGCAGCUCCUGCAGCAGGCGCCUGGCCUGGGCAGACUCUACAUGCAGGUGUGCUCGCUGGUCACGGACGUGCCCUUCCUGCAGAACCUGAAGCUGGAGCUCCCCCUCAGCCCUGGGGCCACUGCCACCGCCGCCGAGGCCAGAGACCUCGGCCUGCUCCGAACUCCGGCCCGCAUCAAGGAGCUUCUGUCCAUGCAGAAAAUGGCUGCUGACAACCUGGAGGUGAGCUGGGGGCAUUUAAGGAACGGCUGCCGACAAGAGCGGAGCAGAGGCUGUGUGAGAUGCAGGACGUGCUGGGUGAGAUGGGGUCACUCCAGAGUGGUCAUGCAUCCAGGGAGAAAGGUCUUGCCUGGCCCAGUGAGGCAGUGCCCAGUCUAAAGCCACCAUGCUCCUC